CUCUCUUUGGCCUCUUCUUCUCUUUCAUCUGUAUCUCAUGGCUUCACAGGUAAGUCUCUCAUCAUUAACGUGGGGCUGCUACGAAAGUAACCAUCACAUGGCGAAAUCAUGGUCCCUCAUGGUAGUGAGAGUUCCUACACAAUCUCCAUAUAUCUCUUUCACCACCAUCUUCAUCUAUCUUUUGUACAUCUAUGUAUGAUAAUUAUCACAUUCUCUAUCAUUCUAGUAAGUUUAAAAGCUACCCAGUCAAGUAUUGCUGUUGCUUUUCCACUUCUUCUCUCCUCUUUGAACUCUCAUCUUUCCAGAUUCACACAAGCCUCGCUUCGGCUACCAGUCAUCAUCAAGGAUUCCAAUCAAGUAAAGAACGGCUACAUACCUUCUAUCUUAUUACUGUCACUUUUCAAAUCAACGCGCCUUCUUUCUGUCAAACAUCAACAUACAAACUCAUAAUUCAAAAAACAUCAAAACUUACAUCUCACACAUCAACUUCUACCUCAACAUUUAGGUUUAUUCUCAAUAUUUUACAAUGGCCGGCGGAAAAGGAAAAUCUUCCGGUGGAAAGUCAUCUGCUGGAGGCAAGGUUGGCGCAGAUGGAAACAAGAAGCAACAAAGUCAUUCAAGUAAAGCCGGUCUUCAGUUUCCUUGCGGUCGUGUCAAGCGUUUCUUGAAGAACAACACCCAGAACAAGAUGCGCGUGGGAGCAAAGGCAGCAGUUUAUGUUACAGCGGUCUUAGAAUACCUAACUGCUGAAGUACUUGAGCUCGCAGGAAACGCUGCCAAGGAUCUUAAAGUCAAGCGUAUCACACCCCGCCAUCUACAACUUGCCAUUCGCGGUGACGAAGAACUCGAUACACUCAUUCGCGCGACUAUCGCUUUCGGAGGUGUGCUACCACACAUAAACCGCGCGUUACUUUUGAAGGUAGAACAGAAGAAGAAGAAGACUAUCGAGUCCGCAUGAUUAUCGCAAACAAACACGUCUACGAUUGAUUUUACGCACUCCGAUUUUUUUGCGCUAUUUCCUUCUUCUCUUUCUAAGGGUUCAGAGUUUGAUGGUGUCUUGGGGAUAUCUUCUUUUUGCUUGGUUUCAUAAUGGAAUUGAUUACUUAUCAUGGAUCGGACUAUGAGAUAGGAUUAUAAAAGGCUACAUGCGUUGAUCCAUGAAUGAGGCACAAUUCGGUACGACUUCUCUCCGGAUUGUUGUGGACCUCAAGCCGAUGUACUAUUAUCGAUUUUGAAUGAGAUCGGAUAUUACUUCAACUUCACAAUAGUAAAUGUGAUGUCCAAAA